AUGACUCCUUACAGAGGAGAUAAUGUGAGGUAUCACCUUUCUGACUUUCGACGUGGUGCAACACGACAAUUGCAGGAGCCGAACGGAUGCAUUGAAAAUUUUAAUUAUUUGCAUUCUUCUUGUAGAAACAUAGUAGGAUACACAUUUGGUGUAUGGAAAGCAAAGUGGUCUAUUUUGCGCGACAUGCCUUACUAUAACAUUGACACACAAAUGGAUAUCGUAAUUGCUACUAUGGCCAUUCAUAAUUACAUUAGAAAGAAGUGCAACGUAGAUAAUGCAUUUCAAACGGAUGAGAAUGAAAGAUAUAUUCCAUCGGUUGAUUUUGAUGUAGGCACAACUUCAACGACUAACAAUAUAGAGGGCGAAAAUGUGAGUGAGGAAAGUAAUGUACAUUGGGUUUGGCUUCAUGAUAUGAUUGCUAAUGAUAUUUUUAAUGCUUAA